GAAAAGUUCAUUUCGCUAGGACAACACACCGAAAACGUUUCCUCAAACAAACUUUCCCAUAACGCGCUUUGUGUCCAUGUUCGCGUGUAAUUUGGGGAGUUUCACCAAAACACGUUGACGCUUCGCGAGAACCAGCACCGACACCGGGCAGUUACAGUACAGGCGGCCGGGAACUCGGGACUCAACAGCCUGGGAGAACACUGUAAAGCACGUCGAUCGGGAACAAAAGAGGAGCUUCGCCUGGUUGUCAAACACGGGACGCGGCUACAAGGUUGUCAACAGUGCAGACAGAGGCGAGGUGUUGCCUGUUGAGCAGCACGAGUGAGAACUGUGUCUACUGGUAGGCAACAAGACAGGUAAAGAUGCCGGGAUAGGGGCUGAUUCUGGAUGUUGUGGAGUGAGGACAUUACACACUUGAAAAUAUUUUUUUUGCGAGACUGUUUUUUUUGGUCGAAAAAGAUUGUGCACAUCCCCAGAAAAAAAGUACAGGACAAAAGUCGACUGGUGAGGAGUGAGGAGUGAACACACUUGGGAUCCUUGUUUUGUGUGCAUGUGUCAGAUUUUAUUCUAUUGGCAGAGGUAACAUGAAGGUUUUGUCUUCGGCGUUGUCUGUUGGUUCCAUAACCGCUGCGUAAAAUGGACUGAACAAUGAGCUCUUCUUCAACAGACUGUUGUUAGUUUCUUGAAAUGUAUGUCGUGGUUGUGGUUGUGAGACGUAUGGAUCCUCUUCACAUUACUUUUCCAAAGAAGGAAAAUGUUUCUCUGCAUGUGGCGACUUCUCCAGCUGUGUGCUAUGUGCAACAAUACAAGGAACAGCGAUGCAGUAUGCUAACUAGUCUAUGAAGUUUCACAUGACUUUCCUAAACACGACAGAGUGUGUAACUUGUCCAAAUUAGCUCUGCCUCUGUGUGUGAAGGGGAAAAACACAAAACAAGGAUCCGCGAGGAACUAACUAGUCAUGGAUACAAUUUGAUAGGCCUAGAAGGAGUUUUAUUUGUCACGUGCAUAGAGUUAGAACGUGCAACAUGCGGUGAGGUUGGAGUUCUGCGGAUCUUUGAAUGGCUUUCAAACACACGACCAGGACUGAAGCUUCACAGCGAGGAAAUCAGUUGUCGACUUUGCAGGCCUGAUGCGGAGGGCUGAAAUAGGGAAAGUAGCUUGAUACUGUUAUUUGAUUGAACGAACAUUAAAGCAAGACGUUUCGUGUGUCACCUUUCCAUGUCAUUCUGAAACAAACACGAAACGUCAAAAAGCUUUAUUUGCUCUGUGUUCCAGAACGCCUUCUAACCAAAACCAAAGCAUCCUCCCUGAUAUAGAACAAGGAAAAGGGACAAAAACCAAUGCACUAUCAUUUAGUUUACCAAAGAUUAAAACAAAAAGACCUAAUUUUCAUAGGCUUGGUUAUAGGCCCUAUAGCCCAAACAUUUUGAAAGACUCCAAGGCCUUUUGGAAUAGCCUUCAUCAGGGAAUGUUCCUGUUUUUUUUCCAAAACAAGGAAACUAAGUGGGGACUUCAUUUGAAAGUCAAAGCGAAUCCGGAUAUUUUUUCAUUCAUUCACUGACUCCCAUCGUCCAUUUUACCUCAAGACACAAGGCAGAGGGAGCAACGCACGAGCGUAAAGAAAGUAUUCCGUUACUUUUUGGAAAUGGAUUAGCCUCAUUAGGACGCUUGAAACCCCGCAACGGAGCCGGAUAUAUUCAUUCAUUCGUCCAUUUUUUCCAAAGGCAAAACCGAGAGGGCAAAAACUAAAAUCCGAAAACUAUAAGGAAAGAAGAUAUAUGGAUCAAUCUGGACUGUAAUCUGGACCGUUUGGCGCUUUGGCGAACCGUCAGACAAUCAUGGAGCUACUUCUUCGAGAGGGGUCGCGUGUGUGGCUGAAGGAGGAUGGCGUGUACCUGCCGUGCUCCAUUCGCACCUGUGCAGAGGGCGUGGUCACCUUCGCCUGUGACUACGGAGAGGUCUACACGUAUAAGGUCAAGGCCUUGACUAACCAGCGCGUGAGUGCAAUGCCCUCAGAAUGCCACCAGGGGGUGGAAGACAUGUCCACAUUACAGGACCUCCAUGAAGGAGCCAUACUGCACAACCUGCACCUCAGAUACACACAGCAGCACAUCUACACCUACAUUGGUUCGAUCCUGGUAGCGGUGAACCCCUGUGUGUGUGUAUCCAGCAUGUACGACACGGCGGCUAUUCAGCGCUACAGCACCGCGCCAGUUGGAGCGGACACAAACCCCGCCCACAUCUACGCGCUGGCCAACCAGACGUACCGGGCGCUAUGGCAACACCAUGACAACCAGUGUGUGCUCAUCAGCGGUGAGAGUGGUGCAGGUAAAACGGAGUCGACGAAGCUCAUCUUGCGUUUUCUGUCGGCCGUUAGUCAAUCCCAUCAGAGUCCCAAGACGACGCCUGUCAAUCAAACAUGUCCGAACGCACACACACACGUGGAGGAUGUCAUCCUAGAUAGCAGUCCUGUGUUGGAAGCCUUUGGCAACGCCCGCACAGCCCAUAACAACAACUCCUCCAGGUUCGGCAAGUUUAUCCAGCUCCACUUCGGUCGCCGCGGCAACAUCCUGAGUGGACAAAUCACACACUACCUACUGGAGAAGAAUCGUGUGGUGCGUCAGAAUCCCGGUGAGAGGAACUACCACAUCUUCUAUGCCCUGCUGUCAGGAGUCACCGAUACACAGAGAGAGUCGCUGUGUCUGCUGCCGGUCGAAAAGUACCGCUACCUCAACCAAUCAGGUUGCUCGGAAGAGGACACACUAAACGACACAAACACCUUCCAAGCAGUCAUGAGUGGUCUGAAGACACUGCAGCUUUCGGAGGCGUGUGUGGAGAACGUUCUCCGCGUGCUUUCAGCUGUCCUGCUGGUCGGCAAUGUGCAGUUCCUGACAGCAGGGGGCGCCCAGGUCUCAACAGGCACAGUAUUAGGCCACUUGUCCGACAUGCUGCGUGUUGAUUGGUCGGUUCUGUCGGAAGCCCUGACCCAGCGUUCCAUGAUCCUGAGAGGAGAACACAUCAGCACACCGCUGACUAUAGAACAGGCGGAGGAGUCUCGCGACUCAUUGGCCAUGGCCCUCUACUCCCGCCUAUUUGAUUGGCUGCUGGGCUACAUCAACAGGCGUAUCCAUGGCAACCGGGAUCACCGCGGCAACCAUCACCAUGACAACGGCGGUAACCGUGCCAACCAUCAUGAUGACACCCUCUCCAUAUGCAUACUGGACAUCUUCGGCUUCGAGAACUUUGAGGUGAAUCGGUUUGAGCAGUUCAACAUUAACUACGCCAAUGAGAAGCUUCAGGAAUACUUCAAUAAACACAUCUUCUGUCUGGAACAACUGGAGUAUAACAGGGAAGGUCUGGAGUGGGAGAGCGUGAGCUGGAACGACAACGGCGAAUGCCUUGACCUCAUAGAAACGAGGCUGGGUCUGCUGGCCUUGCUGAAUGAGGAGAGCCACUUCCCCCAAGCCACCGACACCACCCUAUUGGAGAAGCUGCACACACAACAUGGAAGGAAUUCCUUCUAUGUGAAACCCAGAGUGGCAUCUCACCACUUCGGCAUCAAGCAUUACGCCGGCGAGGUUCUGUAUGAGGUUGGGGGCUUCCUUGAGAAGAACAGAGACACCUUCAGAGACGACCUGCUGGGCCUCCUGAAGCAGAGUCGGUCGGAUUUCGUCUACGAGCUGUUCGAGAGAGUCCCCUACCAGAAUGUGGAGUCUUUGAGGAGCUCCAAACACGGGCGCCUCACAGUCAGCUUACAGUUUAAGAAUUCUCUCCACUCUCUGAUGACCACCCUCAGUGCUUGCAGUCCCUCGUUCGUCCGCUGCAUAAAACCCAACAACAAUAAGCUCCCGGGGCAAUUUGAUUGGCCACUGGUGCUGAAGCAGCUGAGGUACUCCGGGAUGCUGGAGACAGUGAGGAUUCGGAGAAGAGGACUGCCCAUACGCAGAGCCUUCCAGGACUUUCACACAAGGUAUAGAAUGUUGCUGAAGGGGUGUGGCCUAACAGAAGUGGGUGGGGCCAAUGCUUGGUGUAGUCAGUUGCUCCGCCUACAUUCAACCGCCGCCAGCCAAUCAGAAUGGCAGAUUGGAAAAACCAAGGUGUUUCUAAAGGAGAGCUUGGAGGGGCUGCUGGAGGCUAAGAGGGACUCUGCUAUGGUCAAGGCAGUCACAGUACUGCAGGCACAGGUGUCAGGAUACCUACAGAGGAAGCGGUUCCGCCACCUGCUGCAGUGCAUUGUGGUCCUGCAGAAGAGCUUCCGCACGUUGCUAUGGAGACGACGCUACCUCUGCGUGCGCCAGGCCGCCGUGGUGUUCCAGAAGGUUCAACGAGGACGAGCGGCACGCCGCGAAUACAAGGUCCUGCUGGAGCAGCGGAAGAGAGAAGAGGAGAGGAGGAGAGAAGAACUGGCGGAAGAGAGGAAGAGAAAGGAGGAGGAUAUGGAGGAGAGGAGGAGAGAAGAGGAGGAGGAGAGCAAGAGAAGAGAGGCGGAGGAGGAGGAGAGGAGAAAAGAAGUGGAAGCAGCUCUCGUUCGACAAAGCUUACCUGGAGUAGAUGAACAGCCCGUCUCACCAGAUAUGGACUGGGAUUUGCCCCCGCCCCCACCGCCACCCCCACAGCCAAUAGAAGACGAGCAAUGGUUGCCGGGUGACCUACUACCAGUGUUGUUGCCGGGCGAAGAGGCUUCGAUGUCGUGGUUGCUUAGCAACGCCAAUGACAACGACCACAACAGCGUUUCGGUUGCCGAGGGCGACGGCGAGGCGUGGCAGGUGGAGGAGAUCCUGCGUCUGGAGCGGGAGAUGGAGCGUCUACGCCGCCGCAUGGAGCUGACAGAGAGGAGCCUGGGGGCGGAGUCACUACAGAGGCUCAAGAGGCUACGAGACCUCAGGCUACGCAAACUGGAGUCGGAGGCGGACCGUGCUGCUCAGCACUUCCUGUCUGCCCUCAACUUCCAUGAGAUCGACGAGUGCGUGCGCGGGAUCGAGAGCGCGGGAGGGGUUGGCAUGGCAACCGGAGGAGGGAGGGAACAAGAGGAGGAAGAGAGGAGGAGAAGAGGAGGAGGUGAAGACGUGGAUGAAGGACUAGGGGCGGACGACUCCUCACCAAAUCCAAGUGAAUCUGAAGGCCAGCGGGGGAGCAGCCUCAUCGGGGAGGAGGAGGAGCUCUACGCCAUGCUCUCCACCAAUCACGUGGCUCCAUUCAACCACAUGGCCCCCUUCCCCACCAAUCAGCACUUGUUGUCAACCAAUCGCGAUGCAGCUUUCGCAAUCAGCCCAGUCGGCACGUCAGAGGAGGAGGAGGGGCUUAUACCUCCCGAUGACGAAUCGGAAGCUGAGGACGACGACGUCACCGUGGAAGCCAUGCAUUUGUUGACGGACAGCGGUAACCGGUGGCAACAGCAGAGGGAGUCUGUGGCAACCAGCAUAGCGACCACGUCCAGGACGACAAGCUAUUACAGCUCUGAGGCAUCGGUGGAGGGGAGUGACGAUGACUUUGAGAUCUCGGACUCGGACUCUCUGGGGAGGCGGGACUCUGUCUACAGCUCCGUCAGCCUGCCCUACUUCCACAGCUUCCUCUACAUGAAAGGUGGUGUGCUGGGCUCUUGGCGUCGGCGUUGGUGUGUGCUACGCGACGAGUCGUUGCUAUGGUUUCGCGCCAAACAAUCAGCCCUCAAACAAGGUUGGCUGCGCAAAAAAGGGGGUGGGACCAGUUCCACGCUCUCGCGACGCAAUUGGACGCGCCGCUGGUUCGUACUGCGCCACUCCAGUCUGCUCUACUACCUGACCGACAAGGAGGAGAAGCUCAAAGGGGCACUUGACCUCCGACUGGCCAGGGAGGUGUUUGAGUGUCCCGACAGGGUGAAUGGGAUCGACGUCGUCAUGCCAGACAGGACAUACCACCUCACAGCUGAGGAUGCAGAGGAUGCCAGUUUGUGGUUUAGCGUGCUGAGUCAGGUUCAUGGCUCUACAGAGGAAGAGGUCCGAGAAAUGGCCGCCGAGCAGGCCAACCCCCACAACGCAGUGGGAUCUCUGGAUGUGGGCAUGAUCGACUCAGUGUGUGCCUGCGACACGCCAGACAGGCCCUUCUCCUUCGUGCUGCAGUUCUCCCAGAGGAUUCUAGAAUGCCGGGCGGACAGUGCGGAGGAGAUGCACCACUGGAUCGCACUUCUACAGCGCACCAAAGGAGACGCCAAGGUGGAGGGACAGGAGUUCCUCAUGAGAGGCUGGCUGUACCGGGGGGCGUGUUCUUCAUCCUCUGUGGUGGGGGGCGUGGCCAAGCAGCUGCGACGCCGUUGGCUGGUGCUCACCCACUCCUCAUUGGACGAAUACUCCAGUAGUCAAUCGAAUGCGCCGAAGAGAUCUUCUCUCCUAUUGGCUAGCCUGUGUACCCUGACGUACACACACACCCCAGCAGGUGAUUGGCACGUGUGUGUGUACGGCCGGAAACAGGAGUGUGUGCUGGUGUUUAAACUGCAGAGCGAGGCACAGAGGUGGGCGGCGGCCAUUCAGAAUGUGAUUGACAGCAAGCCCCCAGUGGAGACCCACACACAGCAGCUGAUGCAGAGCAUCAAGGAGAACAGUCUGAACCCGGAGCUUGUGGAGCAGAUCUAUCUUCGCAACCCGCUGCUGAGACACAGCAGACACCCGUUACACACCUCCCUACUGGCUCUGCCAUACGGACCAGUGGACGGUCUUCGUUCUGGUGGCAAGUUUCGAAGGUCCUCCUCCCUCCAAUCAGAGGCCGUGCGGAUGUUCAACAUCCUCCUUCAACUGGAGGAAGAGGAGAGAGGGGGCAUGUCCAAGGACCCGGUGCCGGCCAUCCAAUCGCUGCUCCAGAUGGCUUGGAAGCCCCUCCCACUGAGGGAGGAGCUUAUCUGUCAGCUGCUCAAGCAAACGAGUGGUGACUCCGCCCCCCUCAGCAACUGGCGAAUCCUGGCGUGCGUCUGCUGCAACUUUGGCCCCGCCUCCAGGAGCCUACUCACACACCUGAAGUUUCACCUCAAGAGAGCGAGGGAUGACCCCAGGGUCUCUCGGCUGGCCUCCUUCUCCUAUGAGGCUCUGCGGCGCGUCUGUUCGCGUCCCAGGGAGUGCGUCGGCUCGCGGGCCGAGUUGGCGGCCAUCUUGAAACUGUCUCCCCUGGACACGGUGAUCUACACGCAUGGGGGCGGAGCCUGCAAGAUCAGCGUGGACUCGCACACGACCGCCGGCGAGGUCGUCCAAAAGCUUCUGAGGGGUCUCCAGAUGGAGGACUGCAAGAACCUCUUCUCCCUCUUCGAGGUCCAAACGAGCCAAUCAGCAGCCUUGAUGGAUGGCAUUGGCCAACCGAAUCGCUCGAUCGAAUCGCUCAGCCAAUGGGAGCGAGCCGUUGACAGCCGCACCGUCCUGGCCGACGUCCUGGCAAAGUUUGAGAGGAGGGCAGGGGGAGCCGUCGAGUCUCCAGGCUACAAGCUCUACUUCAAGCUGUACUGCCAUCUGGACAGCCAGAGCGUCUUGCCCAGCUCCAUGGAGUAUGCCUUCAUGUUCGAACAGGCCCAUGAGGCGGUGGUUCGUGGUCAGUAUCCGGCCCCAAUGGAAACGCUUCAAGUCUUAGCAGCCCUCAGACUACAGUACCUAUUAGGGGACCACACUACCCAGCAUGCACCACUGCAGGAAGAUGCCACUGCUCAGGGCUCCUCCUCCUCGGCGCCGGAGGACUCCAAGUCCCAGAAUGCACCAGCAGCAGCACCAGUAGCAGCACUUCCUGAUCUGGAGCAGCUGUUUCCUGUUGAGCGGCUGCGUAGUCGUCUGCACGGCGUCCAGCGCUCCUCAUCCAGCUCCAGCAGCGGCAGCAAUACAGCACGCAGGAAGAGCUCCUCCUCUUUCCUGGAGGGCACUCUACGCCGCAGCCUCCGACGCAGCCGCACCCGGUCACAAGACGAGGAGGAGUCCCAGCAGGAGGAGGCGUGGCUUCAACAGCAAGUGGCCACGGUGCGGGCGAGCGUGCAGGAGAAGUGGGCGCGCAUGACAGGUCUCUGCCAGCAGGGGGCAAUGCUGAAGUACAUGGACAUCGUGCGAGAGUGGAAAGGCUUCGGCUGCAGUCUCUUCAACGUACAGUCUGCGGAGGGGGCAGCGGCUUCGUACCCGCGUGAGCUCUGGUUGGCCGUGGGGCCCGAGCACGUGGGCGUGUACAAGAGGGGAGAGGCGUGGCCUGUGGAGCUCCUGACCUAUGAUGUCAUCCUGUCCUUUGGGGCGCCCCAACCCGACCAGCUCUGCAUCUGGGUCAAAGAGAGACAACUCUGCUUCUACACCGAACAGGUGGUGGACAUCGCACGGCUCAUGAAGACCUACAUCAGCCUCAUCGUCAAGAGGCGGGUCAGCAGCUGUCAAUCAAGCGGUUACCAGGGCAACCAGUAGAGUGACCAAUAGAGUGGCCCCUAGCCAUGUACAAAAACAUCUUUCACCUCCUACAAACUUGGAUGGUCUGGAAUCUGAGUCUUACUGGUGCAAAUAGACCAAGC